AUGAAUCGACGGCAAUCUUCAAGGCGUCACGCAUGUUUAGAUGACAAUGAUAAAGAGUGUCAACGGUGCUCUCGAUUGGGCCGUCCUUGUGUUUUCCCAAGUACUCUGCCGAUCAAUCCAGGCAGAAAAAGCCGGAUCGAUGAGCUUCAAGACCAGAUCAAUGAGCUCCGCAAUCAGCUAGCGCAAAGGGGAACGUUCAUGUCCGGGGAUGAGCCAGUGCCACAGACUCUACGCCAAUAUAAUUCGUCGAUUGAACACACAAUGUCCAUCACUCCGCGCCUUGACUUGGGUGAGCCCGGCGACUUGUUGACUAUUGGCAUCCUUACCUUGGCUCAGUGUAAUCGACUGUUGGGCAAGUUUCGCACGGUCAAAAUGCCACAGUUUCCGUUUGUCAUAAUACCAGAUUCAGUGAAUGCGAUCAGUAUCCGCCGAGAAUACUCUUUCUUGUUCAUGACUAUCAUGACUGUCAGUACGGAGGAAAGACCGGCCUUACAAAAGAAUUUGGACCAUGAAGUCCAGCGAACUAUCAGUACUCGUAUCAUUAUGAAUAACGAGCGCAACAUAGAUCUCCUGUUAGGUCUUCUUGUCUAUACAGCGUGGUACCACUAUCACUGGGAGUCAAUGCUGCCGCACAUGUAUAUGUUCCUUCAACUAUCCGUCACAAUGGUUGCUGACCUUGGGCUCGACCGGGAACCAAAUUUCACCAUGCGGAACAUUGCAGCCAGCUUAGGAAGGCCCGCAAGCGCGCAUCAGCUGAGCGCUUAUGUAUUUGAACUAAAAGUCAAACCAGUUCUCAUUCUUGGACAAAUAGUCUACCACAGGAAUGACACGUUCCUUCUUGAUGAAAUGGACCAGCUUGACGACCUCAUCUCAUCAGCGGAGAGCUUCAUUGCCUCCUUCCUUGAGAUCGUACCAGGAAUUGCGAUCCACCUCCCUCUAUCCUUCUACACCUAUCUCUGGUAUGCGUUGUUAGUACUUUCAAAGGUCCUUUUGUUGUCCGACCUCGGGUGGGAAAGGACAACUGGGUUGGGGCGAAGAAUUCACGGAGUCGCGCUGGCGGCUAUCGAACAGCAUGGAGAGCUCUCACGUGGUAACGAUGUCUGGGCGAAUACCAAGAGGGUCAUAGGAAGCAUGAUAUCAUGGUUGGAAAAGCAUCAAGACCUGCGAGGGACGGAGCAGAGAGUGCGAAAAUGUCCGAUCUCAACGAUGCCCCAUUCUACGGUUUGUGAUGAGGUGAGGCCAGCCUGCAAUGGCUGUCUGCGCCACUCAGUCGUGUGCGACUAUCAGCUCGAGGAAGCAAAUUCCAACGCCAAUUCACAGCCGGUAAUAAAGGCAUCUAAGGUGGCAGCUAAGCGUCAUACCUUCAUUUCGUCGUAUCAAUCCAACUUCAAGCCACCAAAGCGUGCACAUAGAACUCGCAAGUCCCUGGUAACGCAACUGCUCCAAAUUUCCUCAUCUGAGCGAAUCCUUCCAGCAUUGCCAUGCCGACCAUUUGAGUUUAGCAUCGUCGAUAUGGAGCUGUUCCAUAACUUCGUAAGUCCAACGGACUAUGGCGCUUCAGAUUAUCAAAGUGCAACGAGAAUUUACCACUCUCAACUUACCCGCCUUGGGUUCUCUUUCCCGUACGUACUACGCCUCCUGCUUGCGUCCUCGGGCUUUCAACUAGCACGGCGUCCAGAAAUUAUGCAGCAGCAACAGUCUGCCAUACAGGGAAAUAAUUAUCAUGUGGUAGCCGAACGCCACUAUAACAUUGCCAUACGAGAAGUGGCAGUUGCAGUGCCACGUUUGAAUAAAGAAAAUUGCCAUGCAAUUUACACCGCCGCGGUGCACAUCUUCAUCGGCUCACUCGCCAUGGGGCCGCGACCAGGCGAGUACAUGGCAUUCCGAGAUGAUGGCCAACCUGGCUUCCUAUCCUUAUUCAUUGGUGUCAGGACAGUAUUGGAGAUAAGCAGCAAGCUGUUUUCACCAGAUGUAGUUUUAAAGGGUGAUGAAGGAGAAUUGAGUUCCGAGUCAGAAUCGAACGCAGAGACAACAGGCUUCGUCAGAAGUUCAACUAUCGCUUCUGAAUAUGGUUAUUGGAUGGGCCAGCUGCGACAUCUAAUAGAGUCUGAAUUUGGCACGCAAGACCCGCAGGGACCAGCCGGCAUUGGUCAUAUUUUCAUAUUUCGUUCUCUUGUUGAAUGA